AUGGACGUCGACGUGGACGUGGACGUGGACGUGGACAUGGACGUGGACGUGGACAUGGACGUGGACAUGGAUGUGGGAAGGGGAUGGGGGGAAGUAGGGAAGGGGAUGGGGGGAAGCAGGGAAGGGGAUGGGGGGAAGCAGGGCAGGGGAUACGGGGUAAGAGGGGAUAGGAUAGGGGGAAGCACGGCUAGGGAUACGGGGAAGCAGGGAAGAGGAUGGGGGGAACGUGGGCAGAUGCCGGGGAGAGAGCUGGGGGGAGGAUGGUGGGGAGCAGAGAGGGAAUCAAAACGCUAUGGGGAGAGGGGAAGAGCGGAUGGAAACGCGGAGGAGGACAUGGACGUGGACAUGGACGUGGACGUGGACGUGGACGUGGACAUGGACGUGGACAUGGACGUGGACGUGGACGUGGACAUGGACGUAGACGUGGACGUGGACAUGGACGUGGAUGUAGACGUGGACGUGGACAUGGACGUGGACGUGGACGUGGACGUGGACGUGGACAUGGACGUGGACGUGGACGUGGUUGUGGACGUGGACGUGAACGUAGACGUGGACGUGGACGUAGACAUGGACGUAGACGUGGACGUGGACGUUGACGUGGACAUGGACGUGGACAUGGACGUGGACGUGGACGUGGAGGAGUUGGACGUGGACAUGGACGUGGACGUGGACAUGGACGUGGAAGUGGACGUGGACGUGGACGUGGAGAACUUGGACGUGGACAUGGACGUGAACGUGGACGUGGACAUGGACGUGGAGGACUUGGACGUGGACAUGGACGUGGACGUGGACGUGGACAUGGACGUGGGCGUGGACAUGGAGGUGGACGUGGACGUGGACGUGGACCUGGACGUGGACGUGGACGUGGACGUGGUCGUGGACGUGAACGUGGACGUGGACGUGGACGUGGUCGUGGACGUGGACGUGGACGUUGACAUCGACGUGGACGUGGACGUGGACGUGGAGGUGGACAUGGACGUGGACGUGGACGUGGACGUGGACGUGGACGUGGACGUGGACGUGGUCGUGGACGUGGACAUGGACGUGGACGUGGACGUGGACAUGGACGUGGACGUGGACGUGACGUGGACGUGGACGUGGACGUGGACGUGGAUUGGACGUGGACGUGGACGUGGACGUGGACGUGGACCUGGACGUGGACGUGGACGUGGACGUGGACUGGACGUGGACGUGGACAUUGACGUGGACGUGGACGUGGACGUGGACGUGGACAUGGACGUGGACGUGGACGUGGACGUGGACGUGGACGUGGUCGUGGACGUGGACAUGGACGUGGACGUGGACGUGGACGUAGACGUGGACGUGACGUGGACGUGGACUGGACGUGGACGUGGACGUGGACAUGGACGUGGACGUGGACGUGGACCUGGACGUGGACGUGGACGUGGACGUGGACGUGGACUGGACCUGGACGUGGACCUGGUCGUGGACCUGGACGUGGACCUGGACGUGGACGUGGAUGUGGACGUGGACGUGGACGUGGACGUGGACGUGGACGUGGACGUGGAGGUGGACGUGGACGUGGACGUCGACGUGGACGUCGAGGUGGACGUGGACGUGGACGUGGAGGUGGACGUGGAGGUGGACGUGGACGUGGACGUGGACUGGACACGUGGACGUGACGUGGACGUGGACGUGGACCUGGACGUGGACGUGGACGUGGACGUGGACGUAGACGUGGACGUGGACGUGGACGUGGACGUGGACGUGGACAUCGACAUGGACGUGGACGUGGACGUGGACGUGGACUGGGACGUGGACGUGGACGUGGAGUGGACGUGGACGUGGACGUGGACGUGGACGUGGACGUGGACGUGGACGUGGACAUGGACGUGGACGUGGACGUGGACGUGGACGUUGACGUGGACGUUGACGUGGACGUGGACGUGGACGUGGACGUGGACGUGGACCUGGACUGGACCUGGACGUGGACCUGGUCGUGGACCUGGACGUGGACCUGGACGUGGACGUGGACGUGGACGUGGACGUGGACGUGGACGUGGACGUGGAGGUGGACGUGGACGUGGACGUGGAGGUGGACGUGGACGUGGACGUGGACGUGGAGGUGGACGUGGAGGUGGACGUGGACGUAGACUUGGACGUGGACAUGGACGUGAACGUGGACGUGGACGUGGACCUGGACGUGGACGUGGACGUGGAUGUGGACGUCGACGUGGACGUGGACGUGGACAUGGACGUGGAGGUAGACGUGGAGUGGACGUGGACGUGGACGUGGACGUGGACAUGGACGUGGACGUGGACGUGGACGUGGACGUGGACGUGGACGUGGACAUGGACGUGGACGUGGACGUGGACGUGGACAUGGACGUAGACGUGGACGUGGACGUGGACGUGGACGUGGACGUGGAGGACGUGGACGUGGACGUGGACGUGGACGUGGACGUGGAGAACUUGGACGUGGACAUGGACGUGAACGUGAACGUGAACGUGGACGUGGACGUGGACGUGGACGUGGACAUGGACGUGGACGUGGGCAUGGACGUGGACGUCGACGUAGACGUAGACGUGGACGUGGACGUGGACGUGGACGUGGACGUGGACGUGGACGUGGAGGACGUGGACGUGGACCUUGACGUGGACGUGGACGUGGACGUGGAGAACUUGGACGUGGACAUGGACGUGAACGUGGACGUGGACGUGGACGUGGAGGACUUGGACGUGGACAUCGACGUGGACGUGGAGUGGACGUGGAUGUGGACGUUGACGUGGACGUGGACGUGGACGUGGACAUGGACGUGGACGUGGACGUGGACGUGGACGUGGACGUGGACGACGUGGACGUGGACGUGGACGUGUACGUGGACGUGGACGUGGACAUGGACGUGGACAUGGACGUGGACGUCGACGUGGACAUGGACGUGGACAUGGACGUGGACGUGGACGUGGACGUGGAGUGGACGUGGAGUGGUCGUGGACGUGGACAUGGACGUGGACGUGGACGUGGACGUGCACGUGCACGUGGACGUGGACGUGGACGUGGACGUGGACGUGGAUGUGGACGUGGAGGACGUGGACGUGGACGUGGACGUGGACGUGGAGAACUUGGACGUGGACAUGGACGUGAACGUGGACGUGGACGUGGACGUGGAGGACUUGGAUGUGGACAUGGACGUGGACGUGGACGUGGACAUGGACGUGGACGUGGAUGUGGACGUGGACGUGGACGUGGACGUGGACGUGGACGUGGACCUGGACAUAGACGUGGAUGUGGACGUGGACGUGGACAUGGACGUGGACGUGGACGUGGUCGUGGACGUGGACGCGGACGUGGACAUGGACGUGGACGUGAACAAGACGUGGACGUGA